AUGAAGCAGAAGAGUCUCAUGUCGUUCUUUGGCAAGCAACCGCAGGCCAAAGCGAGCGCGUCAGCGCCGAAGGAACCAAAGACGCAGACGAAAGCGAGGAAAGGGACGUCGAAGCCUGGCGCGACGGACGUGUCAUCGUCAAGUCCAUUAGUGGUGGAGGCACGAACUCCGUUGUCUAAAACAGUGUCGCAGUCGUCAGCCGUUACCAGCGCGAUGUAUACCCGUAGUUCGGACGGCGGCUUCAGCGCCCGUGACACGCCCCCGACUAGCGACCCUAUUGACGUGGAUAUGCUGUCCGGUGAUGACGAUAUAGGCAGUAUCAAGGCCGCAAAGAAAUCGGCGAAUACGAAUCGCAAGCGUAAGGCUGUAGUGGAAGACUCAGAUGACGACGAAGGAGGCAUUGAUGCAAUCGCAUACAUCAAGAGGCAAUCUGCUAAGAAGCGCUCUUUGCCUUCCGACGACGAGCAAGACAGUGAUGAUGCAAGUGCGCCGCAGGUCAAGUCUUUCUCGCAGCGCCUUACAAAGUAUCAAAAGUCUCCUGCUCAGAAGAAGCCCAACAAAGGCAUGUCGUUCAUUCCAGCAUACGAAGAUGACGAUGACGACUUCAUUGUCCCCGAUGACGAGGCAGAGCCAGAAGAUAACCUUGACGACGACGAUCACCGCUCAUCCUCCCGUGCAUCCUCUCGUGCCUCUGGCUCAUCGCGCCUCUCAGCCUACGCCCACUCCUCAGCUGCAUCGGAAGCUGAGUCCGACUCUGCCGCUCCCUUGGCUAGUAAAGUCAAAGCGUCUGCACGCCCCGCGAUCAAGAAGGAUGACAGGUCAAAGGGCGGCAACAGUUUCUUGACCGCCGCUGAACAGCGUGCACAGAAGCAGAAGGUGGACAAGAAAAGCUCAGAAGAUCCGUUCGCGUUCCUGCAAGACGUUAGGGACAAGGAUGGCGUGCGACCGAGCGAACCGGGAUAUGAUCCGCGCACCUUGUACAUCCCCGCGAAAGCGUGGACGGGAUUCACGCCGUUCGAGAAGCAGUUCUGGGAGAUCAAGCAGAACCACUUCGACACGGUAUUGUUCUUCCAGAAGGGCAAGUUCCUUGAACUGUACGAAGAGGAUGCAAGGAUCGGGCAUCGUGAGUUUGACCUGAAACUGACACAGCGAGUCAAGAUGUCCAUGGUCGGUGUCCCAGAAAUGUCGUUCAACUUCUGGGCAGCCAAGUUCCUUGCUAAAGGCUACAAAGUCGGACGCGUUGACCAGGCCGAGACAGCGCUCGGUGCGGAGAUGCGACUCGCCGCGGACAAGAAAGGCGGAAAGUCGAAAAGCAAGCCCACCGCAGAGGAGAAGGGCAAAGACAAGAUCGUCCGGCGCGAGCUCAACAAAGUGUACACAAAUGGCACCCUCGUGGACGCGGAGCUGCUCACGGACGAACAAGCUGGCCACUGUGUCUCGAUUCGCGAGGCGGAGAGUGAGGACGGAAAGGACCAACAGACCUUCGGUGUCUGCGCGCUCGACAGUGCAACCAGUGAGUUCAACCUAAGCUCAUUCGAGGACGACGUGUGUAGGACGAAGCUGGAGACGUUAAUGCGGCAACUCCGCCCGAAGGAGGUCAUCUUCACCAAGGGUAAUCUAUCCGUGUCGACCACACGCCUGCUCAAGGCCAUUCUUCCCGGCAACUGCUUGUGGACAAGUCUGCGGGACAGCGAAGGUUUCACGUACAACCAGACGCUCAAGGAGCUGAACAAGCUCUUCCCCGCUUCCGACGAUGACGAUGAGAUGGCCGAUGCCGCACAUAGCCUGAGCAGUGCUGUUCCCGAGGCUAUACGGGAUAUGGCUGGCCAGCAAAAUGCAGUCGAGGCCUUGGGGUCCAUGAUCUGGUAUUUGAACACACUCAACAUUGACAAGGAUAUCUUGAGCAUGAAGAACUUCAAUAUCUACGAUCCCAUGAAGCGCGGUCAAGGGCUCGUCCUUGACGGGCAGACGCUUGCGCACAUUGAGGUCUUAGUGAACAGCGAAGGUACCGAAGACGGAUCUCUGUUGAAGCUGCUUUCGCGUUGCAUCACCCCCUCAGGCAAACGACUCUUCCGUAUCUGGCUCUGCAUGCCUCUUCGAGAAGUUGCCGAUAUCAAUGCUAGGCUGGAUGCUGUUCAGGACCUCCUAGACCAUGCCACCUUCGAAGGCGAGUUCACGAAGGUAGCGAAAGGUCUUCCGGACCUCGAACGUGUCGUAUCUCGCAUACAUGCUAAGAACUGCAAAGUCAGAGAUUUCCUGAAGGUUCUGACUGCGUUCAAGUCGCUUAGCACGGGUCUGUCGGAGCUCGCCGACAUCUCUGAGACGUUUCAGUCAAGGACCAUCCUCGGUCUGCUGCGGUCUGCACCGGACCUGCUUCCGCACAUCAAGCAUGUGAAGUCUAUGUUCAAGAAGCCUGAGGAUAAUGCGGACGAGUUGGUCCCUGAAGAUGGCAAAGACAAGGUAUAUGAUGAGAUCAUGGAGGAAGUUCGAGAGCUGGAGGAGGAGCUUGAUGACGAGCUCAAGAAACUCCAGAAGAAAGUCGGCUUUAACUUGACCUAUUGGCAUAGUGCUAUAGGCACCAAGGAUAUCUACCUGGUGCAGACCAAAGCUUCGCAGAAGGAGGUUCCGAAAGACUGGACGAAGAGCGGGUCAACUAAGGCUGCUGCACGAUACGUUGUGCCCGCUUUACAGCCGACCAUACGGAAACUCAAGGAGGCCAGGGAGAACCGGAAUACCGCCAUCAAGGAGUUCAAAAUAAGGCUGUACGCUGAGUUCGACGCUGAUCGAAGUGUAUGGUUGCGCGCCGUCAGGGUUCUUGCCGAGUUGGAUUGCCUCUUCAGUCUCGCGAAAGCAUCUGCAGCGCUCGGUGAACCCUCUUGCAGGCCGGAGUUUGUAGAAGGCGACGCCGCUUGGGUUGACUUCGAGGAGCUGAGGCAUCCAGCCCUGUGUGCGAGUACGGGGUUGAAAGGUGACUUCAUCCCGAAUGAUGUCAAGCUUGGCGGAGAAGUGGGAAGAAUAGCCCUACUCACUGGUACAAUGUCCGCUACGGGGGUGAUCAUGGCCCAGCUAGGCAUGCUGGUGCCAGCAAAGAAAGCUAGGUUGUGCCCGGUCGACUCGAUAUUAACCCGUAUGGGCGCAUACGACAACAUGUUCUCCAAUGCUAGCACCUUCAAAGUAGAAUUGGAUGAAUGCUGCAAGAUCCUACGUGACGCCACACCUAAAUCACUGGUGAUUCUUGAUGAACUUGGUCGAGGCACAUCGACAUAUGAUGGCAUGGCUAUUGCAGGGGCCGUCUUGCAUCAGCUCGCUACUCAUACGCUGGCACUCUCAUUCUUUGCGACGCAUUACGGUUCCCUGACAGAUGACUUUGCUUAUCACCCGAAUAUCCGUAACAUGCAUAUGCAGACAUUGGUCGACGACGAGAAGCGCGAGCUCGUCUUCCUGUACAAGCUCGUCGAAGGAGUACCCCAGGAGGUGGUCGAGCGCGCCGACGUCGUCUCCAAGGACUUUGCUCAGCAAUUCAAGGAGAAGAUCGAGGGCAAGCGCAGCUCGGCUUCCGGGCGCCUGCCGCUCGUCGCCCAAGCCGACUUUGCGUACCUGUAUGGGUUGGCGACCGGUAAACAGGAACUCCCUGAGAAUCCGGUACGCCAGAGGGAAGUACUCAAGAUCUUGAAGGGUGCUGUGAGUGGUUACCUGAAGGCGGCUUCUGCGUAA